UUCCCCAGCCCAUAUAACACCUGCCUCCAGUGCAGACUCUCAAGUUGCAUCCAAAGAGGAAACAUGAAUACUUUCAACCUGAGCAUUCUACUAAGCCUGGCAGUUGCAGUUUACUGUGUGCCAUUACCACAGCUUACGGAGCAAGAUGAGAAUUUUGCAGAGGGCUACCUGAAGAAAUUCUUCAACCUCACAGAUGAGACCGGUCCAACUGUCAGAAGGGGGAUCAGCCCAGUGAGCAGGAAGCUGGCUGAGAUGCAGAGAUUCUUUGGCCUCAAGAUCACUGGGGCACUGGAUGCUGAAACCAUGGCCAUGAUGAAGAAACCCCGCUGUGGCGUUCCAGACACCAAGAUUGCCGAUUUCUCCACAUUUGGAAACAACCUCAAGUGGAAGAAAAACAGCCUUACCUACAGGAUUGAGAACUACACACCUGACAUGUCUGAGUCAGAGGUGGACGACUCCAUUGAGAAAGCGCUGCAGGUUUGGGCCAAAGUCACUCCUCUGAGGUUCACAAGACUCUUCAGUGGCACCGCUGACAUCAUGAUCUCCUUUAGCCGUGGAUCACAUGGAGAUUAUUACCCCUUCGAUGGUCCUGAUGGCACUCUUGCUCAUGCCUUUGCUCCAUCUCCUGGUAUUGGAGGAGACGCUCAUUUUGAUGAAGAUGAGAACUUCACUUACCGCUCCAACAGAGGCUACGUCCUCUUCAUGGUAGCUGCCCAUGAGUUUGGCCACUCUCUGGGCUUGUCUCACUCUGAAGAUCCUGGUGCUCUCAUGUACCCCGUGUACACCUACAGGGACCCUGACACCUUCAUUCUGCCUCGGGAUGAUGUCAAAGGCAUCCAGUCUCUCUAUGGUCCAAACCCUGACACUGUGGGUCCUGAACCCACAGCCCCCCCCACCCCUGAUGCCUGUGAUUCAAACCUGGUCCUGGAUGCCGUCGCCACCCUCAGAGGGGAGAUGCUCUUCUUCAAGGACAGCUUCUUCUGGCGUAACCACCUUCAGAGCAAUACACUUCAGCACAGUUUCAUCACAAACUUCUGGCCCAAUGCCCCAGUCAAUAUCGACGCUGCUUAUGAAAGCCGAGAACUAGACAGUGUCUUGCUGUUUAAAGGUCGCAAAGUGUGGGCUCUCAGUGGCUAUGACCUCGUACCUGGCUAUCCUAAGUCAAUUUCCAGUUUUGGUCUGCCUGAAACUGUGAAGAAAGUUGAUGCUGCUCUCUACAACGAAGACACUGGCAAGACUUUGUUCUUCGUAGGCAGCAAUUACUACAGUUAUGAUGAGUCCAGCAAGACUAUGGACCGGGGAUUCCCCAAACGGGCGGAUGAGACCUUCCUUGGACUGUCCACCAGGGUGACAGCAGCUUUCCAGUACAGAGGUUUUGCUUACCUCUACAGUGGAUCCAAAAUGUAUGAGUACAGCCUGGGGAGUGGGAGGAUGCUUCGUUUGUUGGACAACAACUACUUCUUACCCUGCAACAAAUUCUAAACCGGUUUACUACCCAGACGCUUUAUGCAGCUCUUUUUAAUCACAGUGAAGACACCAAAGUUCAAAAGUGACCAUAAUAAGUAAUUAUCUAUUUAAUAUGUAAUUAUAUAUUUUAUUUGCUACACAGUUUUGGUACAUACUUAUGGGUAUAUACUGAAUUGAUGUCUUUCCUGAGAACUUAGACUUUAAAGCUUUUUUAGACUAGAAUUUUGUGAUGCAAGCCAUCACUUUUUCUUUUUUUUUUUGAUUUCCUGUAUUGCUGUUGCUGUUGCUAUUGCAUUGCCUUUGUAUUUAAUGAAGUUUAACUGUGGCGCUCUGGAAAGUGUUACAUUACUUAAUUUUGACAUAUGAAUGUAAUUUAUUGAAAAAUGUGACAAAAUGUAAAUUUCUUACAAAAAGUUUAAAAGAAAAAUUGGUACAUGAAUCAACAAAUAAAGCUGUUUAAGUUAAA